ACGGGGGUUCCGCCCCCCCGCGCAUGGGGAGGUAGGCUCGGACCGGCCCGCGGAGCUGCUGCAGUCCUUCGCGCCGUCCUCGCCCUCCCCACCGACAUCAUGCUCCAGUUCCUGCUUGGAUUUACAUUGGGCAACGUGGUUGGAAUGUAUCUGGCUCAGAACUAUGACAUAUCAAACCUGGCUAAAAAACUUGAAGAAAUUAAAAAGGACUUGGAUGCCAAGAAGAAACCCCCUAGUGCAUGAGACUGCGUGCAGCACUGCCUUCAGGAUACACUGAUUCUACUGCUCUUGAGGGCCUCCUUUACUAUCUGAACCAAAAGCUUUUGUUUUCAUCUCCAGCCUCAGCACUUCUCUUCUUUGCUAGACCCUGUGUUUUUUGCUUUAAAGCAAGCAAAAUGGGGCCCCAAUUUGAGAACUACCCCACAUUUCCAACAUACUCACCUCUUCCCAUAAUCCCUUUCCAACUGCAUGGGAGGUUCUAAGACUGGAAUUAUGGUGCUAGAUUAGUAAACAUGACUUUUAAUGAGUAGUGUCUUCUUUAUUGUUUGCGAUUUUUACUACCUUUUGUCAAGAGAAAAAUUGAUGAGUUUUGUAUAGCUGGUCAGAUACAAAUAAUAGUGACUUCACAGUUUAGUAAUUAUAAUGGGUACUUGUUAAACAUUUGGUACUAAAUUUUGUUGCUGCAAAGUAAUUAAAAUUAAUAUCUAGAGCUAGUUUCUGGUGAAUUAUUCAUUUAUUUUUGUACUGUUGUUAGGCAGCUCCGAAGUUGCUAAUUUAACCAAUAAGUCAAUUUGCUAUUCAUUAAGAAACUGAGAUUCUGAGAAUCCUGUCAGGAAUUGGGGAAUGAAAAAAUACGCAAAAUAAUGGUCUUUGUCCCAGUAGAGUUCAUAGUCUAUUUAGUGUGCAUGUUUUUCCUUAAUGAUGUAUUUGAUCUGACUUUUUGCCUUCUCAAAAGAAUCAUACUUGGGAUUACAGGUACAUUUGAUGUUAUAUGAUGGAUAAGUGAAAAGUUUUUAAAGGAGAUUUUAUACCUUUUCACAUUAAAAAAGGUAUUUAUAUUAUUAGUUUGUAGUGAUUGUCUUAAGAAAAAAUAUAGCCCAAAUGUAUAGUAAAAUCAGCAGCUCAAGAAGAAUUUCUGCUUCUCUUCAUAGUUGAUGUUUUGUUUUUUCCUGCAGUCAGAAAUUCCUUAUAUUUGUCAAAUGUAUAAUCAGCUUGUAUUGUUUUUAAAUUUAAAAAAAUUUGAAUAAUUAACUUUUGCCAUGGGACAAGAUACAAAAGUAAUUUCAUAUAAAGGGCCUCUCCCACCCCUGUUCUCUGG